AUGAUACUGUUGGUAGUAAAUGAUAAAGAAAUGAAAAAGGAAGCAGAUGAACUGUUUCAUCCUACCGAAAACAACAGGCUUAACAACGACGAAGAAACUCAAACUAGAGCGGGAGUUAGUCAUCAUCAAGAAGAUAUUAUGGAAGAGGAAUUCGACGGGGAUUUCUGGUUUAAGGUAAUGAAAACAGCACUUUAUGCAUUUCUACGAGCAGUUUUAUUAGAAUUCUAUAUAGAUUAGAAAAUACUUAAUGUUGAUGUGCCGCGUCAGCUAUCCUUGACUGAACGUGUUAUUGUUGUUGGCCGGGUACACGUGGAAAGUGUGACUUGAUACUUGAAGGACUUGAAAAUUCCCAUUUACUGGAACGGUGGAACUAUAGGCACCUAAGGCUCAGUUGAAGCUGUAUGCAUCAGUUAACAAGGAAAAAAAACUUAGCCUACAUUGAGAUAGUUUACAAACUCGUAUAAACAAAAAUCUUUUUCAGGUCAAUCAAAAGCAGAAUAAAGGAAUUUCAUGGAACCGAGCAAUGGAUGAAGUAAUCGCUGAAAAUCUGAUUCAGAAGUUCAAAGAAAAUGGGGAAUUGGACUCUGAAGAUCCAGCACUUCUGAUGUUAAAAAGAUGGCCAUUAUCUAAGCAAUACCAAGAGAAUCCUGAGAAACUUCCAGGGCUUGAAAAGCUGGUAUGUAAUUUAAAUGUGGAACAUCUGUCAGAGUUAUAAUCACUAUAUAUUUCCUCUGCAAAAAAAUAAAUUAAGCAAAUAAGAAAUGGUAAGUGAAAAAUAAUAUUGAAAAGCAGAGACUUAUUUAGAUUGGAGGAACAAUAAUGGUUCACAAUACCAGGAACUUAAGAUAUUCUGAAUGGAAGAAAAAAAUGUUAUUGAGAUGAUAAUGCAUCAGAAUGUGUGUUUCAUUCACUUUUCAGUCAGUGUGUUCUAUGAGUGUGCUGUGUAGGAAGACAUAAAUCAUACAUUGUCAGAAGUUGCCAAUUUUUUAGCUGCAAGGACCUUGUAUUCCUCUUUUAUGAGGUUUUCAGCUAUUUUUAUAAGAACAAUGUGAAGGUUUUCUUUGAUUCUCCAGAACACUUUUUACUCAAUGGUUCCAGCUGGGCUGAAAAAUUAAACACAUUUCUUUAACCCCUGACUGAGGUGCUGAAUGAGGCUUUUGGAUGGGACACAACUUUAAGUUAACCUUCUCUGUCAGCUAUGCUGAGAUGGCAAUUUAAAAAAGGAAAGGAAGGCAAUCAGUGACACUGCUUGGACCAAGCUGCAAAAGACUGAACUCUUGAAUAAUAGCCUGUGCUGGUCAAUAACUUUUUGGAAUAUUUUUUCUGAGACAUCAAUUCUUUUUUAAUCCUGUUAAUGAUAUUAAUGAUAUGCAUAUUGACAUCAAGAUCUUUGCACAGGUAAAUCGAUUGUUGGAAAUUCUGUUAGAAAGUGAACUGAACUCAGAUAACAGAUAUGAGAUGUUCAGAGAUGAGGAUGAUAAAGCAGGGAGGACAUUGCUACACUAUGCUGCAGAAGUUGGAUUUUUGCAUGUCACCAAAACACUGGUGAAGAAAUUUCCAUGGCUUUCAACUGUGGAGACAAUAUCAGCGAAGAAAAAGCGAGCGCUGUUACCAGUGGACAUGGCAUUAAUAACAGAGAAUGAUGAAGUGGCAGCAUAUUUGAUAAGAGUUAUGUGGCCUGACAGGUAAAGUGAGAAAGAAGUUACUCCUUAAUUAAGUCAAGGAAAAGAAUUGCUUUGAAACACUUGGUGUUGAUUGCUCUCAGUUAUAAUAAUGACCUUUGUAGCUCACUUGCUGCUCUGCACAGACUUCUGGCCCACCCUUGUCUCAAAUUUCAUCAAUUGCUGAUAUUUACCAAGGCAUAUUAAUGAACUUCCAUAUGGGUUUUUCACAAGCCAUUCUCAAUAGAAUCAAGAACAUCAGAAGGAAAUGAAACUCUAUAUCUCUGUAAGGGCAAAUUCAUACCCUUAACAUACCAGUUUUUGUUGCAUAAAGUGACUUAAGCAUUAAUUUUCCUUUCCCAGGAUGGGAUACUAGUCCAUUGCAGGUUACUUCCUCCAUUAAUAUACACUUAAUGUAUGGUCCUGAGGGAAACAGUUAGUUUUGUCUUCCUGAGAGUUCUGAUGUUUCCUGAGACAAAGUCAAGAGAAACAUUUGGACUUGAGGGAAAUCAAAACUAUCGGUAACUAGUUUCCUGAGGAACCAUAUAUUAAGUGCUUUGUUAUAUAUUUAAACUUUCCUUUAAACAAUCAUAUGGCAAAAACAUGCUGUUGUAUUUGGCGUGCGGACAACAACUAUGCAAUUGUAUCCUAGUCGGGAUUUGAUCAGGGGUACACGACUAAGAAUCAAAAAAUCACAGUGCUUGUUUUGUUGAGUGAAAGUCUAGGUAUAUAACAACUUAUUAUGUUUCCCUAAUAGUUUUCUAUUACCAUUUUAUUUAUACUCUUGAGAAGAGAGAGGCACCCUGAGAGCAAUGUGUGUUUUUCAAGAUCACAAUUCAAUGACCUACAUCGUAGCCCUGGGCUUAAAACUGUGCUUCUUGAUCCAGGGUGUUAAUCAAUCAGCCGCCCCAUAUCUCACAUUGUAUGUUUCAUGAAGAGGCAGGAAGGUGUCACAUAUGACCUUUUCAAGCUUACUCACUAGCAGCUCAGCUCUCAGUGUAUAUACAUGUAGAACUUAGAUACAGCUUGCUUUUAAUUUUGAUUUCCUCCUUUUAAUUAGAGCCUUGAGCUUCUUUUCAUGGAACCCAGGUAAUAUGGCAAACCCUCAGCCAUCCUAUGUCAGUUUCAAAUCCAUUAUUGAGAAUCCAAAGAUGAAGGUGAGGAAUUUUUAUUUACGUAACUAAUUAAUGAAAAUGGUGUUCCAAUGCCUUCAGCAAACAUUUUCAGAGAUGUUGGGUUAACCAAAAGCUUCUAGGAAACAAUAUAAGUGCACUCAAUUGUUAGUCUGAGUUUGUAUGACAUUGGUAAAAAUUAGAAAGUUAAGGGCCAUUAUUUAUUUUUAACUAUCUAUGGUCCCUAAAAUAAUUUUUAUAAAGUGAUCAAGCUUCAAAACUGAUCAUUCAAAGAACUAUAAAUUAUUGUGAUACAAAAACUUACAACUGUGUCAGGUAACCUUUAAUUAGCAUGAAACAGGCAAGCUGAGAGUGAAAUAGAAAUUUCUCAGGCUAUAAAAAGAAAGGUUAGCACAUCUUAGAUGUGUAUAGGGAAUAUGACCCAUAUGCUUGCAAAAAAAUUUCAGGAUCUUAAAGAGACGGUACUUGUUGAUUCAUUUUUUUACUUAUUUAAACUUGUCUGUGCAUAUUUGUGAGGUCUAAAUGAAUACAUACUAACGAUGCACCUUUUUAAUGGAAUCCAUUAGGACUUAUUCAUUUGUUGUCUUUGUAGAAAACAGUGGUGGCUGUGUUAGAUCAGAUGGUGAUCCCACACUGGCCACACCUUCCAAAACGUAAAGAAAGGUACGAGAGUGAAGAAGAGAAAGAGGCAAUUGAGGGGGCCUGGAGUACAAUGACUGAAAAUCCUUUGAAUUAUCAGUUCUGUUAUUACAUACUGGAUGCUGACGAGGGAGGACGACCUCCAAAGAUCAAUAACUCGGCAGGGGAACAACAAGCAGAUAAUGAAUAUUUUAACUGGAGAGACAAGUCUUGUUUACAUGUGAUUGCAAAAAGCCAUAACUCGGUAAGGUUGACGUAAUAAUGAAAGCAAAAUGAAAAUCAGGGUUUUGUUUAUCAUCGAAGUUAGCUUGAAAAGUUGGCAUUAUUGUAGGCGCUUCAACACUAGCGUUUCAUUCUCCGUGGGAGGAUAAUGCCCUAAGCAACGCAAGUUAGCGAGGGGACUGGGAAAAGUUUUCAGAGAUGUCUACCGACUAUAUUCAAAGCGGACAAUAACCAACUUUCCUACCUUACAGCGAACGUAUUUUGAACUUGCGUUCACCAAAUGUUUGAAGUGUGUAGUAGUGGGCGUUGCAUGGCAAUCACCAUUGAUGUGAUUAUGUAAUGGGGAUAUCCUGCAAACAGUCUCGUAAAACGUUCGACAGAUUUUUCUCUCAAAUUCUGGAUUUACAUUAUUUUGGAUUACGUCAUCGCUGUUGAGUGAAUUGCAACUAAUUAAAUCUAGUCGUUUAAAAAUUAUGACGCUUGUAAAUGUACGUUUCAUUUUCCAGCUUAUACCAGAAACUUUUUAUAGGAAGAGCUCUGAAUCAAGUUCUACUGAAUAUAUCACAAUAGUGAUUGACCUAAAAAAUUUUCAGUGUGUUCUGAGCCAUUGUGCUAACUUUUGAACCAGUUUCUGGUAUCGGCGAGGAGCCGCAGCCUGGCGAUUUAAAAGUUAUUUUUAUCACAAAAUCUCGUUCGUUGAUUUAUAAUUAAAGUUAAAUCUGUUUCUUCUUGUAAUUUUUCUUUUGUUCUCUACUGUCUGCAACAUUUAUGCAACAAUGUAUAUUAACUUUGUUUGACAUUGAGACAUGCGAGUCUCGUGAAGACGCCAAGAAAUGGUACCCCAUUGCCUACAUCGGUUGUCUGUUUGACUGAAGUUACUAACGAAGCCAUCGACCUCAACUUGAAUAACACGUCUGACAAUUGGACGAAUAGUAACGCUGAUGUGUGUUCUUAUUCAAGUUAAUGGAAACGGCCUUGUUGAGGUUCUGGUUGAACAUAAGGAAAAAAAUUGCUGUCAACUUCAUAACUAAUAUUUCACGGCCUCCUCACCAAACUUACAUCGUCUAAAUUUAAGAAAAAAAACUUAGCUCAGUUGUUGCAUUUAUGUCGCAUUUCAUGUUUUUAAUCAAGGACUCUUUGUUCCUUUUGACUGUCGCAUGCUUCAAAAUUGACUCAUAUAUUUAAAAAGUGCAGCGCUCAAACAUGAGAGCAAUUAAAGAAAGUUGAGUGGAAACGGGAUCGCCUGUUGAGGCUGUGUGUUGCGAAAAGGUCUUUAGGGAGUUUACGCCAAGCGGAGAUUAAGUUUGUAUAAAUUAAUCUUUAUUGAAAGAAAACGUUUCUGGCCGAAGUUGAUCAGGCCACCAAGGUUUCUUAAUAGCCUUAAGGAGACUUCCCCCAACCCCUUCCUCCACUUCUAAUUCAUGUACCUCAUCUUAAGCCAUUUCAAUCUACCAUUAUUGAGCCUGCCUUACGAAUAACAGCUGGUAUAAUAGGACAGUAUUAUCUCGCGCAUUUACAUUUUCAUCGCACAGAUUCUUGCUUCAUUUUUACUUUCAGGAGGCCCUGCAGCAUCCAGUGAUCAGAAUGUUGAUCAAAACAAAAUGGAAAAGCUACGGACUAAAGUUUCUCAGGUGAAAUGUUUUGUAGUUGUUCAGGGUUGAUUUGUAUCAACGUCAGAAACAAUGUACCGAAAUGUAAUUCCGCUGCAUUAAUUGCUACAGGUGCACAAAAGGACUGAAUAGGAAAUAUAGAAUAGGUGCAAUAAUCCUUCCUUUUUUGAAAUACACAAAUUUAUCACACUACUAAAAGCCUUAUCAAUCAUUGUUUUCGUAAUUGCUUGGAAUACUGGUCAAAAAUUAUCAAAAGUCAGUUCCAAUGAUGAAGCGUAGUUUGCACAGUGUAUGUAUGGUUAAGGAGUGCAAGUUGCUAUCGAUUCAGUUUUCCUCUUUUUUUUGUUACCCUUUGAAAAAAAAUGGAUCCGCAUUUCAAGUUGUGUUACUCUACAUAAGAAAGAAAACCUCAGGUUUUGGUUCAAAUGAAUCUCCUCGAUUGAUAAGUCAACCUUUCAACUCCAAUGAGUGACCAAGAGAGAAUUCUUCUCAAUACAGUAUCAAGCUUUCAAGCCUGAAUGAAGAAAAACAUCAGUUAGAGGGUUAUUAAUAGAUCCAAAACCAGAUUCUCAGGAAUUGUAUUGCAGAGAGUAAGAGAUCUUGGGAGUAAAAGGACUAAACAGUGAUUUAUGAAAGAGCAGAGAAACGCAACCAUAUACGUAAAUACAGGGCACUAUUUAUUUUCAAUAGCCUUCAAGCAGGAUUGUAUGUCUUCUUCUUGCUGUUCUUGUCAUAUUCUCUGCUGUAUGGUUCAACCAAACCAGACCCCACCCAGUACAGGGGUGGGGCAGAUUUACUUCGUGGGCUUUGUGAGGUGGUCACUCUCGCUAUGGUUUUGUUUUAUAUCUGUGAAGAAAUCAAUCAAAUGAGAAUGUAAGUAAAAGGGCUUACUGAAUAUCAAACUACUGCAUAGACGCAACAUUAGAACACCCCUCAAUAGUGUCAUUGACGAUGAAGAAAGUAAAAAUGUCUGCGUUUCUAGGAGCGAACGUUUUACCAACUGAUAGACUCUAUGUAACUCACUUGCUUUUUUUUUUAAUACAUGCAGAACAUCGUUGGAAGUUUUCCCUUAACCGAUACGUAUUUAUUUUGACUCUUAUUUGCAUCUUACGAAAAUAACUAAUUUAUUUUUGAAAAAAUAGUCCACCCAUAUGGAAUAAAAACGAUAUCUUGCUCAGAAUUAUGAAGCACAAGGAGUCAAUAGGAGCUCAGACUAGUCGCAAUAUAACUGUGAAAUUAUUCUUGCAGUGAGAGAUAUUCAUAUUUCACCGAGUGGAUGACCUUGUUUGACUGGUUAGGCCUGCUGUUGAUCCUGUGUAUGAUACCCUUGCGGUACACUAAAAGUAAAGCACAAUGGCUGGUGGCAUCUUUAGCUUUCCUGUUCAACUUCCUGAGAUUAUUUAAGUUUUCUUGCGUGACAAGGUAAUAAGUUUACCAUUCAAACUCAAUGGGCCGGUUAAUUAGACAUAGUUUAGCCGUUGUUUCACAAAACCACGUUCUAAACUGUUUUCAGGUUCGCGGAAUCUUUUAUCUGAAUAUUUUCUUUUUGUGACUGGAAAUUUAUUUGAUUAAAUCCACCCUCUUACAGAGAAAGCCUGAGGCCCACUGCUUGCCUAAAACCGCGGAUUGAGUGAGACCCCGUGUAAUUAACCGACCCUAGAACUCUAGCUUAACCGGAAAUUUAUAACAGUUAACUAAAGACGUUAUCCAUUGUGGAGUUUAGACUGUACCCUUAAUGUUCCCAGUUUGCUUUACGGCAUGUAUUCUGUCUCGCUUUGAAUCAUCUAUUUGAGCUUUGGGUGCGUCUUGGCUUUCGAAACUUUAAAGGAAUAUUCUACGUGAAGAACUAUUGUUUAGAAAUCUCUGUGUAUAGUGCUUUCAGCUUUUUUUCAUGAACGGAAACCAGCAAAUUAGAUCUGACGAAAUAUCGGAAAAAGAAUCCAAGGGACUUGCUCGAAUUUUUGAUGCAAAUUUAGAACGCCUUGGUGGCUAAGGCGCGUUUUCCUCCACCAGGCUUUUCGUUCCUGAUCACUGGUUACAUUUAUUAACUGACCAAUAUUGACCAUAGAUGGUGACAAAUUGAAAUGCGGGGACGUAGUUUUACAUGCAAUUGUCCGUGCUUACUUAAAGUCUUUGUGUUAAAUCAGCGCGAAAAUGUGCUCGAAGCGCACGUCCCAUGAACUCUAUUUUUAGUAACGAGAGCAGCUGUUGAUUUUGAUUUUUUGUGGACGAUCGCAUCGUUACGCGAAUGGCAGUACUUAAAAAAAAAUUGGUCCGCACUGCGUAGGUGUAUUUGGUGCAAAAUGAAAUAAAUGUAUUAUUAGAUAAUUACGUGCUGCACUUUCAGUCUUCUUGGAAGGGGAACUGAAUAGAUUUUAAUUGAUGGGUGGGUGCACCAAAGUAUUUUUUCGAGGAAGUUAUUUGAUGGUCUAUUUGACAAUGGAACUACGAGUUCCGAAUUUUCCUAAAUAUUUGAUGGAAAGGAGAGUUUCUUAACUUAUCAUUAUGACUAUGGAAGAACAAGCGAUAGCAAAUACAAAUAUGAAAUCAGUUUUUGGAAAUUGUGGUUCGAAGUAAACGCACAGAAUUCAACAAGAGGAUUUCCGUAAAAUAUUUUAUUUUGUAAAUCGAAGAAAGACUCAAUUUGAGUACAUUUCGCGACUACAUUGUGAUCAUAUAUUUUUCAAAUUAAAUUGGUCCCUAACAUCCAUCUGUUUGUCCGAGGAGUUUCGCUCACCAAAUAAGAUUCCCAACUCAAUACGACAGGUUUUACGACAAAAUAUCGACGUGGCUACGCCACGUCACUGGUUACGCGUUCUUGUCAUAUUUGUGUUAAGCGAUGAUCGCUUACUCCAUGUAGCUUGUCACGUACAGUAAACUUCACAAAAAUCAUAACAAUAUUACGUUAUUUCUUGUCUUGUAUGAAGCACUUACGCAAUCUCUUGCUGCUCUUGCAAGGUUUUUUAGUUGCUACGCUCUUGACACAAAAAAUAAAAAAGUUAUUGUAGGUAAGAUGAAUUUAUCCGAUCUAACCAUUCAGUGUGAGACAAAGUCUUUUAUCUUUUCCAGGACAACAGGAUUAUACACCAAAACCUUGGCUAAGAUCAUUCAGGAGGACUUGACGCGGUUCAUUGCAGUUUUUAUUGUGAUCUUUCUUCCUUUUGGGUUUUCCUUGUCUUUGUCACUCCGCCAGGGUUCUUAUAAUCACCAUGAAUUUAGGUAAUCGACUGACUCUACUUUUUGGAAUAAAGGAGCCUCAAUAUUUGUAGUUUUGUUGUACAAUCUUUUAUUUGAUCGAUCAAUCUACAAUGUCAUGAUAAUUGACUACAACUUGUUCAACAAUAAUAUUACAUAAUCAAUGGCAUUUUUAGGGAAGCAAACGGAAAGUUAAGUAGCUGUUGAGCCAUUUACGAGUAUUUGCUUAAAAUUAACGAAACUGUUCAGAACCAGAACCGUAUGAAAAGUGAUACACGGAUUUGUCACAAGCGAGAAACAAAGGGAAAAUUUCAUUUUUUUUCCCACGAAUCCUGACUUCCGAUUUCGAAGUCAGAUGUUCUAAUGAACAUGUAGGUAUUUCUAGGUUGCACACACUCAUGGUGAUUAUUUCUGCCAGUCUUAAUUGCUAAAGGUAUUUUUUCUGUCCUUUUACAUUUAGGGGCUUAGGUGAUGUUUUGUUGGGCGGUUUUCGAGCGUUGUCCGAACAACGACCAAUUGCAGAAGACUACUCAAGCUUUGAGUAAGUUUACUUUAUUUUUCAGUCAGAGGGCACGAUAACGAAUCCUGCAAUCUGAUUGGUUCUUAGUGCGGUCCGGAUUUUUCUAUCUCUGCCCACGGGCACGAAAUGCUUUCGUGAGUCGUUUAGCCGGCUGGGGAUAUUUUCAAGCAAAGUAUUUUAAAGCAAAUCGAGCCGAUAAAUGACUCAUUAACCCCUCGCUCUUUUCUCUCUGAAAUCACUUUGGUUGCCAGCCAAAAAUUGUUUAAGAAAUGAAUUUGUGAUCGCAAAUGUAUUGUCAAAUCGGUUGACACGCGGCCUAAAAAUGGUUUGUAGUUAACUUUAAUCCUUCACUAAAAAAUAACUUAGAAAGUUAAAAUUUUGAGGUGUGUGUUUUCAAUUGAACUAGUCAAUGGAAUAUUCAUUCAUUUAAUAUCUGAAAUCUCUCAAACAUUUUUUCGCUGUAAAACGGCGAGCGAAGUUUUCAGUCCUACUACAAAUACGCUUUCAGUAAGUCCUUGCAAGUCUAUUUAAAGUUGGUAAUUUGUACUGUAAAUUAUUCUUCAGCGUUACACUUCAUUCUCAGCGUUACGCUGUGACACAUUUGGCUUUUGUCUGCUCUGAACGUCUCCAACUUUUGCGGCUAUUUUUUCUCGUAGUUUGCUCUCAAUACUGUUAAUGCUGGCCUACAUGGGGACUGUGAUUGUGAUUCUUCUCAACAUACUCAUUGCGCAGAUGAGCACGACCUACACACAGGCCAAGAAAGUCGCCCGUCUGGAAUAUGACGUGGAUCGUAUUUUGCAGCUUACUCGCAUGGAGAGAUUUCCUUUUUCGGUAUGUUACUGGUAAAGAAUGGCGAGAUCCCGUCAUUUUAGCAAUGGCCUCAGAAUGUAUCUUUAGUCAUUGCGUAUCAGCCUAAAUGUUAAUGCUGUUAGGUCGUGUGCCAGUUCUUACUGUGUACAUCUCUCCUGUUAAAUUGUUUGCUGAAAGGUUUUUUCUUGAAUUUGAUCGCAUUUUCUAGAAUUUGCGCGGAAAGUAUUACAAGGAAAGAGAAUGGAUCAGUGAAAAGAAACUUGCGGAAGGUUUGUAGUUCAUGGAGGCUGUUUAAAGGCUCCUACGUAGUAUACACUGUAGGUCUUCAACUCCUUUCGUUUCACCAGAUGUUGCAAAUACUUAAUGUGGAGCCAUGAAAAAACUGGCCGUGUGAAGUAGCUAUUUAUGCCAGCUUAGGAAAGAGAGCUUAGCCGAGAAAGAAAAAAAAACUAGGGUCUUUAGGAGGUGCACCUCAUACUUCUUCGAUGGAUGCAAUCUAACUGCUUUUAACUUUUCUAUUUUCCCAGAGCUUCUAGAAUUUAGUGAAGAUCGCAAUCCUUGGGAAUCAGUGGAAGGAAAGCUUAAUGCGAUAAGGUGAGAAUCACUCGUUCAUCACGUUUCACCCAAACACCAACCAUGUAUAUGUGCAGCCAAUCGACCAUUUUGGCGCCCAUAACGUUCAAUUAAAUGUAUCAAUCAAUUUCUUUCCGUAGGGAUAUGAUGCGAACAAUGGUAAAACAGAUGAGGCCUGGGAGAGAAUGA